GCUAGGGAAACCUAGUCCACUCCUUUUCCAAAUCAAUUGGCCAAGCGUGUUCUUCCUCCAACAUUGUCAUCUACCUUAUUGUACAUGUCUAUGUCUCUAUCUCUCUUUCUCUCUCUUGUGGUCCAUUUUUUUCUUCCUUAUAUCUCUCUCACCUCUUUCUCCAUUUUUCCAUACCAUAUAUCAUCAUAUUUUACAACUCCUAUAUAUAUAUAUAUAUUCUUCACCUUCUUCGACUAUAUAUAUAUAGCUUGUUUCUUCCUUGAUUCUCUAUAUAACUAGCUUCAUUUUCCAUUUUAUAGCUUUCUAUUUUAGGAAAGAACUUAAACACUUUGUAGAAUUCAAUAUUUACCUUCAUUACAAAAAAAAUUGUUAACACCACCAAGCUAUGUCUAGUCGAAGGUCAAGACAACAAUCAGGAGGGUCUACAAGAAUCUCUGAUGACCAAAUUAUCGAACUUGUUUGCAAGUUGCGUCAACUUGUUCCUGAGAUUCGUAAUAGGCGUUCUGACAAGGUACCAGCUUCUACGGUCCUACAAGAAACCUGCAACUAUAUCAGAAACUUACAAAGAGAAGUUGAUGAUUUAAGCCUCAGAUUGUCUCAGUUGUUGUCCACAAUUGAUGCUGAUAGUCCUGAAGCUUCCAUCAUUAGGAGCCUGCUUAACCAAUGAACUUUAAAGUCACAUUUUCAAUUAUAUUUUAUUAGUACUUGUUUGAUUGAUAUCUCUUUUAAUAGAAGGCAAAAAAUGUAGCACUUGUUUGAGGUAGUUUCAGGUUUAAUAGUGUAAUGAGUUCGGUAUUGAAGGUUUGAGAUCAGAUUUGUAACUUUGUAAGAGGCGAUUAUUAUAUAUAUAAUGCUAGUUAUUUGUUA